GAAUUGGAGGCUGAGUAGCGAGAGAGAGGGAUGAGAUCUCGAAGCUUCGGACAACAUCCGGGCACCUGGGGCCGGCCGUCGAGCUGAGGCGCAUCUAUCGCCUGGCUUUUUAGGCCCUGCAGCCAUGCUGAAAUGCGAAAUGAACGGUAGUCAGGUGAAAGUAUUUGGGAAAGCAAUCCAAGCUCUAUCAAGAAUUAGUGAUGAAUUUUGGCUAGACCCGUCAGAAAAUGGUCUUGCUCUAAGAUCUGUGAAUUCUUGUCGAUCAGCAUAUGGAUGUAUCCUCUUCUCUUCUUUGUAUUUUCAACGUUACCAAUGGUCAUCUCCAGUGGGGAUGAAUGGCAAAGACCCACCACCACCUUUAAAUUGCCAACUGGCAAUGAAGUCAAUUCUGCCCAUCUUUAGGUGUCUGAAUUCCCUUGAGAGAAACGUAGAGAAGUGCAAAAUACUCGCCAAGUCUGAUAAAUCCCAAGUAGUUAUUCAAUUCUUCUGUAGAUAUGGUAUCAAAAAGACUUACAACCUGUCCUUUCAAGAAAGUCAGCCUUUGCAAGUGCUUUUUGAAAAGAAGAGAUGCCCUAAUGUACUGACAGUUCGACCAAGACUGCUUGCUGAAGCUGUUGUUCUCUUCACGUCUCCUCAAGAGGAGGUUACCCUGGCUGUUACUCCACGGACCGUUUGCCUAAGGAGUUCCAGUGAGGAACCGAUGGAUUUGAUAAAUUCUGUGUACAGUGAGAUGUUUGUUGGCCCAGAUGACUUUGACUUCUUCCAAAUCGGAGUUGACACUGAGGUAACAUUUUGCGUCAAAGAACUGAAGGGAAUACUGACAUUCUCAGAAGCUAUACAUGUUCCUAUGUCCAUUUAUUUUGAUUUUCCUGGAAAACCUAUGGCUUUAUGUAUUGAUGACAUGCUACUGGAAGCUAGCUUUAUUUUAGCUACAUUAGUGGACAUACCGAGUACAACAUCUUCGCCACAGUUGUGUCUUUCACAAGCAUCAAGCAGGUCAGACGCGAUCCAGUCAAAAUCAAAGGUUGGUGAAAAAGUGACUAACAAGGGCCCGGAGUGCAUCUCAGCAAAAGCAGCCUCCAAAAGGCUCCAUCCUAAGGAGACUUUCGAGAACAGCCCUGCAUGGGACCCCAGUGGCAGCCCGAGGAGGAGGAGGACAGACGGAGCCGGCAGUGAGGUUCUAGGGAGUAGUGUUGGUGACACGGAGGGGGCACCAGGCUGCCCUAACCUCAAGAAGUUUUCCAGUGUGUCCUUUGGAGCGGUUUCUUCUGAUCAACAAGAACACGUCAGCCAGCCACCCUUUCAACAGUCUGGCAAACGACAGUCAAGAGGGGAUGACUAAUGGCAGUUUCUCCACAGCAUAACACUUAAUCAUGGCUAAGGAGAUGCCCCCAUCCCCAUUCCCCCCCCCUCAUUCAUUGACUCACUUGCACUUCAAAGACAUGUUUUUGUGCUCUAUACACAUUGCACAUUGUCUUGAACUUCCAAGAGGAAGUGGAAAAGGCACUUUUGCUCACUAAAUGGCAUCCCCUUAUCUGGAAAUAACUGCUUAGCGAGCAUACAUCAUUUACCUUACGUUCAUCAUACUACCUGGACAUCUCCCGAGUUUUCUUUCUAUGCAAGGAAAAAGAGCACUGGAAUUCUUCACUUUACUGUAGGCCCACACUAGAGCUUUUCACGUUUUGUCAGUUAACCUUCCAUCAGCCAAUCUUUGAAGUGCAUUUAUUAUCGCUGAAAACAAUUUUGUGAUCAACAAAUGAGUAUAUUUUAUACUUCAUUGCAAAUGUAAACUUUAGUGCUUUCAGAAAUGUUAAAAAUAAUUAAACCUUUUCUCAAUGCAA